AUGGUGUUUGAUUGCCGACAGCUCGCAAACGGCUCAAGAGAUGAAUGGUUUCAGUUUGUCCAUGUCUACCCAAGGCAGCCAGACCAGCGAGCGAUGUCCUAUCUCCUGGCCACUCAAAUCCGAGAAAGAAGCUUUAUUAGUAUUAUUUCAACUUUCCUUCAUGUCCAUCCAUUUGGAGCCAACAUUGAAUACCUGUGGUCUUAUCUACAACGACUAGAUGCUAAGAUAUCUUCGGGUGAGAUCGAGAUGUUGCUCUCCCAGCUGCCGCACAUGUUUAAACAGGAAUUCACUGGUGUCGGUGCCACACUGGAGAAGAGGUGGAAAUUCUGCGCCUUCGAAGGGAUUAAGACAGUCAGCCAGUGAGCCGAGAGUAGAGGGCUUCAUUAAUCGAUUUCCUGUCGCAGUUCAAGGUUUAUCCAUCAGUGAAUGUGAACUCUGGUAACUAUGAGGACGAUUAAGGCUGCAGAGCCAUUCAGGCUUGAGAUCAAACUGCUGUUGUAUCUCUGGUGACUAAAAACCUAUCUGUGCCCUGGUUACUGACCUGUGUCAGAAUAUCAGAAACUCCCAUUACCUGACUCCUUGCAACCCCUCGAGAAUGAGGGGGGGGAAGCAAGGGCAUUGCUUGGAGAUCAUACCAAACCACCGUGAGGAGAAAAGUUGGAAAUCGUUGGAAAUACCCGCGGGUGACUACGCUGGAGAGAGAACCGCAUUCCGAUGAUCCAGAAACUGGCUGCAAAGUUCAGACUUGGGGGGGGCUGUUACCACAGAAAGGGCCCUGCUGUGGGCAGAGCAUGUUGGGAAACACGCCAAGGCACAGAGCUCAAGAAAAAAUACGGGAGCCCAGAGUGAUGCCCCACUUCCUCAGGCACAAUACAGACUGAGGUCUCUCUCUCGCUCUUCCUCCUCACUGUGAGGGUCAGACUGAAAGCACCAAGGGAAUCGUGAUUCUUUUCUGCUUCCUGAUACACAUGACCUUCAUACUGGCUGCACCGCACAGAUGGGAAAAUCUUACUAUUGUGCAAUUUAGAAAUAAAUUAUUUUUUAUGAAAAUUGAA